AAUUUUUGUUGUGAGGUGGCAACACUGGCUGGAGGUAAACAAUCCUUGACGGUACACUACGACGCCCACCCACUGUACCGCCCACCCACUGUAACGCCCACCCACUGUAACGCCCACCCACUCUAACUCCCACUGUACCGCCCACAACAGGGUUAAACAGUGUGAGCAUCCGGUUGUCAAAGGAUCACGCCCAGAUUUUGUGAGGAAUAAAAUGACAACUUUCAAUUAUCGUCAAUGGUGCAGUGAUCAAGAAGGGAGAGAACAGCAGCCGGCAUCCCCUGCUGAACCAUUACUACAUCUCUCAAAUGCUUCUGAAAUGGGUUCUUCAUCCGAUGAUGAUGGUGGUCAUCUAGUGGUAAAGGAAGAGGAUUUAGAAGAUGACACUGGUGAUGACAUAGACCUGUGGGAUUCACACACCCGUAGAUCAGCUUUUUCGCCUUACAGGCCUGUGACUGUAUUGACAAACCUUCAGCGGGGAAAUAUUCAAACCCAGACCACUCAAGCUGAACCAGAUGACUUUACACUUCACAAUAGGGCAGCCAUGGGAGAGCUGUCUGCAGACGAUUUAAGAGAUAUUGACGUAGAUGAAUUGGAUAGCAAUGGUUUUUCACCAAUUAUGUGGGCAGCAUAUUAUGGUCAGCUGCCAACUGUGAAGCUACUCAUUCAGAACAGAGCUAAAGUUGAUAUGGAGGGAGAAGAUGGAGAAACAGCUGUUCUCCUUGCUGCUACCAAUGGUCAUCAUGAAAUAAUUAAACUAUUAAUCAGCUAUGGUGCUGAUCCAAACCAUAUUGACCAUAUGGGAAAUUCUGCUUUAAUGUAUGCAGCACAUAAUGACAAUUCACAUUGUGCAAAUGAGUUAUUAGAGCACGGAGCUGACAUCACAGCUACGAAUGUUGCUGGCUCUUCUGCAUUCAGCAUUGCUGUCACAAGAGGGAGUAAACAAGUACAAGUUAUCAUGGAGCGACACAUUUUGAAACUGCUCGAGCCUUCGUGAGAUCCCACUGCUUGGAGGAAUAAUAUUUGCAGAAUAACUUUAUUUAGUUAAGUUUAAAAUGAACAGAAAUGUGUUUCACAACUGUUUAUAAAAUUUAGUUCUAAUAUUUAAGCCUUAUUUGCUUAAUUAUGCCAGAUUGAAUAUUAUAAUCCAAAAAAUAAUUAAAUUUGUUGUUAAUUUAGACAAAAAACUUGAAAAAGUGCAGGAUAUGGCUUAAGUUUCUUAAUCUUGGGAAUCUUCAUGGGUACACUGCUACAGCUUACGUUGUUGUAGUUUAUUUCUUGUACGUACCUAAUAAGUUUGAUCAUGAAAGCUCGUCAGUCAAUCAGGUAUCGACUUUUGUCAAGGACAAAUUUACUUCUCCAAAUCAUUUAUGAGUAUCAUACCAAUUACUGUAAUUGAAUGUAGGUGUAAAAAUUAGUGUAAUUUAUUGCGUGCUUUCACCGAAAACCAAUAUAGUGUUAUAUUUUAAAAGAAUUUCUUGGUGCAAGUGGACCUAGGAUGUUCAUGUUUGUAUGACUUGGAGGCAUAAUAAAGACUGACUUUA